AUGAAGGCGUUCCUCAGUCUGUUAGCCGGCCUGACGACAUGCAUUAUCGCAGAGAAUUGCGAUCCCAUCGCCUACGAGCAGUCCAAUCCAUACGGCUUGUCAGAGACGAAGGAUCCCGAAGUCAUGAAGAAGCUGAACAAGUAUCUAGAAGACAGUAGAUGUCACAUGCUAUCCGACGGGUCGGAGCAGAAUGUGAAAGAGCAGUGCAAGAACGUUUGCAUCCCAGGUGACAGCACAGCGGAGGGCCAGAUCGUUGUGUCUUCUCAAAGUUGUAUCUUUGGUGACAAUCCCUGGUACCCGUUCGUUGGUGGGCCUGCUCUUCUGUGCGGUGCGGACAAAACGUAUGACGGCUUGAUGGUUAAGCCAGGCUACUGCGCUUGUGAUCUUCCGAUAUUGGAAUUUGCAGGCGAAUUCUUCAUUGAAGGACUGAUCGAAGCUGGCAAGAUCCUCGAGAAGGUUCUGUGUCCCGCGUUGAAAGCCCUCGAUGUAGUAAUGGCCAUUGGGAUGGCAGCACUUCCCCCACCAGGACGAGCCAUCACAGGUGGAAUGGUGGCCGCUAUCCGAUCAGCAAAGGCGUACAAGUACGCCCAUGAAGCGCAAGACGCAGCGCAAGAAUGGGCCGACUUCUUCCUCAGUGGUGCAGACUUUGCGGGACAAGCAGGUUGUAGCCCGCUGGUACCAAGCCGGGACGACUUGAUCAAGAAGGCCUUUACUCCUCUGGUCGAUGCCCCGGACGAGCUUGUCCCGGACACGGCCCCCGAUCAAGCUCCCAAGCAGCGUAGUCCUCCUGACUGGCUGGCAAGUGUAUACCCAUACAAAAAAAGUGGUGAGGAAAUGUGGCUCGAGGAGAUGCCAUUAGUGGAAGAAGGGAUCAAUGCAAAAUACAAGGGACAGCUGUUCCGGCAAAAGAAGACCAAUAAAGGCAAAUACCGUCAGAUUCUCGACGAGGACAACAUGAAAGCGCUCAUCGAGGGGCGUACUGAGGAAUCGAGGUACACCUCACUGAGUCCCAGUGACCAAUCUCGCAAAGCGAUUCAGAAAUUGCGGCCUAUGAUCGGAGCUCUCAGAUACAUGCAAGAAGACGAAGUCGCAAAGAUAUUCUCGAAUCAAAAGAACAGGAUGGGCGCAAUGAUCGGAUACAUCGACCGAGAACUACACAAAACGCCACGGGAAUUUGGUCGAGGUACAGCCGCAGUCGUCGCGCGUCCAUGGCAGGAGCAAGGACUUGAGAAGAAAUGGGACGCGUACAUGGACAAUGUGUUUGCGGUGGCAAAGCAGAGAGCUACAGACUUCAUGGACCCUCAUCUCGCCAGUCUGAAAGCUGAAUGGGAGUCUUCGAAGAAGACCGAAGUAUCCGACGACUUUCAGGGUGAUUCCCAGGCAAAGCAGACAAAGAAGAAGGAACUGGAACAAACAAAGAAGGACAUGCUGGCUCUCAUCAAGAAGACCAAGGACGAAUGGGACAAGGUCAAAGAUUGGGAGAUGCCGUGGACAGCAAAAGAUCAAAAAGACACGGGAGAGGAUGGCGCCGAUGAAGAAGACGAAGGAGAAGCAGGCCAAGAUCGGGUCUGA